CAGCCGAAUGGGGGGUGGAUGGGAAUGAGCGAGCGAGGCGGCUUGCAUGCCCUGCUGCUUCUCUCUCCACCUCCCUGCCCCCCCCAUUGCAUUGGGGUUUGCUUCCUCCCCCGCCAUCCAGUUGCAUGGAGACCCACCCACCUUCCUCCAUGUGUGCGGGUUGCACGGUGUCCGGCUGCUGCUGCUGCUGCUGCUGCUUGCAACAGUUCUGGACACCUCCGCCUGCGCGAGGGGAGAGAAAGGCUGACUGUCAGGGGGAGGGGCAGGUGGAUGCCGUUGUAUUUGGGGUUGGUUUGUGUGUGUGUGGGAGGGGAGAUGAUGUUUCAUAAAUGGGACUAGGAUGCUGUUGCAAGAGGGUUGGGUUUGGAGUGGGGAGGCCUGAAGGAUGCUGCUGUCUGGGGAUGCUUUUGCCUGACAGAUGCAGCGAUUGUUGCAUUUUAUUUUGGCUGCUGCUGGCUAACAGAACACUUUUUAACUCUUUAAUGCUCUCAGCAGUAUAGCUGCCACACACAUGCAGAUAUGCAUUUAUUUGGCCAUUAUCCAGCUCAUGAUGAUUUCUAUCUAGUAGUGUGCAAUAUCUGCAAUCAGGUAGUCAAGCCACAGGUUUUCCAGUCACACUGCGCAGUGCAAGUUGUUUACGGUCAUCCUAGAAUUGGAUUAACUUGGCAGACUGAGCCUCAGCAGCGAAGACACGGUUCAAUGUGUAAACCUUCCCCAUCUCCAACUUCUCCACCCUGCAAUUCCAGGGCAUCAUAUAUACAGAUGAAACCGAAAUCCUGUAUCAGCGGCCAUAACUCUGUCAGUAACAACUCAAAGCCAUUCAAAACGCCCAAAGACAAUCUAAUUACCUCCACUAGCAAACAGCACAUGGUCUUUUCUUCAAAAGUAUCAAGGGAUAAACCUUGUGUUCCUGUUCCUGUAGUCAGUCUAGAGAAAAUUCCUAACCUAGUGAAGGCAGAAGGUGCCAAUGUUAAAAUGAACUCUACAACCGCUACCACCAUCACCACCACCUCAGCCUCUUCAUCUACCAUAUCUGCUACAAUUAAAUCUGCUUUGACAUCUAAAUCAGUGCCACCAUCACCAGAAAAGAUUUUGAACGGCAAAGGUGUAAUAGCUCCAUCAAUAGACAAGAAACACCAAAAUGGCACUAAAAACAGUAACAAGUCUUACAAGAGAGUUUCAGAAAGAGAGUUUGACCCAAAUAAACACUGUGGAGUAUUGGAUCCUGAGACAAAGAAACCCUGCGCAAGAUCACUCACCUGCAAGACUCAUUCACUUAAUCACCGGCGAGCGGUUCCAGGCCGUAAAAAACAGUUUGAUAUUCUCUUAGCUGAACACAAAGCUCGAUCCCGGGAAAAAGAGGUAGCAAAAGACAAGGAGCAUCCACAAUGUUUAAGGGAAACUCAUCAGACCCAAUCUGGACCAGUACAAGACACUCUGUUGGGAGCGUCAGUGAACUCUGGACAAGAACCUAAAGGGACAUCACUUGCAAAAUCAAGACUGCCCAAUUCAGUAUUUCCUAGACCCCCGUCUACGAACAGCAUAAAUAGCACCAGUUCUUCAAACCACGGCGGGUAUGCUCAGGAACUGCCUCUGCCUUCCAUGGGAGGAGAUCUGCCUAGUAGAUUAUCUAGCGAUGAGGGCGAAGUGGAUGGAUGUGAAGAAUCUGAGAAGUUAGACUGCCACUAUUCUGGACACCAUCCCCGACCUCUUGGGUUCUGUUCAUUUGGAAGUCAUUUGAUGGGAAGAGGGUACUAUGUAUUUGACAGAAGAUGGGAUCGUUUUCGACUAGCACUAAAUUCCAUGGUAGAAAAACAUUUAAAUUCACAGAUGUGGAAGAAAAUCCCUCCUGCAGUUGAUAGCCCUAUGCCCUCUCCAGCAGCUCAUAUCACCACCCCCUUUCCAGCAUCAGUUUUGCAGCCGUUCAGCAAUCCUAGUGCAGUGUAUAUUCCUUCAACGCCAGUUAGUUCAAGAAUACCUUCUUCCUACAUAAUGACUUCAGCUAUGUUAUCAAAUGCAACUUUUGUGAGUACAGCAGAUACAAAUUCUAUUAUUUCACACACCACGGCUUUCCCUCAUGUGGCUGCUAGCCUGAGCAUCAUAGAUUCUACGUUUAAGACUCCAUCGGCCAUGUCACCAGUGCCAGCAGUCAUUCCUUCCCCAUCCCACAAGCCAUCCAAAACAAAAACCAGCAAAUCCUCAAAAGUCAGAGAUCUGUCAUGCCGCAGUGAUGAUUCUUCUAGUAACAAAAAGAAAAGACCACCAUCUUCUUCCUCUUCGUUAUCUUUGCAGACUUCCUCUUCCUCAUCUUCAUUUUCAGGAUCUCACAAAAAGAACUGUGUCUUGAACCCCAGUUCACCUUUGAACUCUUAUCAGGCCACAUCUUCCUAUAACAGUAUGUCUGUGCACAAUGCAAACAACGGAACAACCCCACUCAGUGCCAAAUCGGAGCCCUCAGGACGGACUUCAUUAUCAAGUAGCUCAACAGACUCAGUGAAACAUAUGAGCAUUGUAGUAAGCAGUAUUGACACCUCUAGUUUGUCUAUACCUUCCCUUGUUCACCAUUCAGGGGACCACUCCCUAGCAGCACACAAUGCAGUGUCCUCUCUCCCCCUUUGUUUUGACAAAUCAGAAGGGAAGAAACGUAAAAACUCUAGUUCUAGUAGCAAAGCCUGUAAAAUCACUAAAAUGCCUGGUAUGAAUAGUGUUCACAAAAAGAGCACUGCCAACCUUAUUUCUACAGUGCCAGAUACUCCAAACAGCUCCAUCUCUCGGCAGAUUGGAAAAAACAGCAGUGUAGCUUUGUCUCAAUCCAGUCCUUCAAGUACAUCAAAUCCAGUGCACAACAAACAAGUUACACUGUAUCUUGCCUUUGCUCAUGAAGACCAUGGUCACACUGGAGCUUAAAGGUGUGGAGCCUGAACACAUCCCAACUAUUGUCAUCAAGGGUGGCAACUCUUGACGGAACCAAAGGAUAUUGUAAAGAUAGUGAAGAAGACAUUAAACCGGACUGGUAGAAUAAGGACUCUUCCAUAACAAGGAAAAGCAACCAGCCUAUAAUCUCUAGAUUUUAGCAACCUUAUUCUACAGUUCCUUAUUUUAUUUUCUGUGUCCUGCAGAUUUAAUUUACAUUUCUUUGUAUUUUUGAAAAACAUUUUAAAAUCUACAUAAAACUAUAAUAGUGACUUAUUUCAGUUCUUCAACAAACACAUUGGCCUCUGAUCUGUACAAUCUGGUUUGAUGUGGAGUGAUGCUUUUUUAAACAAAUUGUUGCAUUUCCCCCUCUUUAUUUCUUGCAACAAUUACAGCAGUGGACAUUCAAAAAAUGCAAUUUGUGGUUAUAUUAUAUUUAAAAUAUCCCUUCAUUAUUUCAAAUUUACAGUAAGUUCUGUAUUUAUUGUCCUAUGGAUAAAAAAUUGCUUAGUGCAUUUCUCAGCAGUAUAUAACAAUUGUGUGUCCAGAAGUUUCACUGGCAUCUGUCAGUGGUUUCACUGUGCAGCAACUCUUGUGGGUUUUGGUGUUCCUAAUCCUCUCAAUGCAUUGAAGGGUUUAUGCAUUUUGUUCCUGCUGAUAUUAAUAUGAGUGCUAUGUGAAAAUUUCUUCAUAUGUAGAUGGAAGGCCCCAAAGAAUCCAUACUGCUGUUUUCUUUAAUGAAACAAUUUGUUCUUGAAAAGGUAGGAGCUGGGCAUACUGAAUUUGUAUCAGUAGAAUUGCACUGACAAUGUUUUACAGGAAUUACUGGUUUUUAAAAAAAAUAAAGGUAGAUUUUAUAAUCAGGAAAUCAGUAAUAUUAGGGUACUGCAAAAUUACUAUAGAGAAGCUCAUUUUAUUUCUACAGUGUUAAAAGUGCACUUAUAUGCUGGUUUAUUUACAUUUGGGGGGGAGGAAAAAGAAUGCAAAUAGGGAGAGGUUACUUUUUUCUUUUUUAAAAAUAAAGGCUUAAGCAAGAUUUUAAAACUUAUGAAAUGUUUUAACAAUUGUAAAGAUGGCUAGGCCCUUUGAGGAAAAAUUAGAAGAUAUUCUUAAAGUAAAAUUUUAUAGUGUUAAUUUUGUAAUAAUUUAUGUUUUGCUACAUCUGGGAAGUGUCAGAAAUAGUUUCAUGAACAAUAUGAAACUUCAAAAAGUUUUAAGUAUGUUUAUAUUUUCAUGUACUUGGUUAUGUUUUUAUUGUUCAUUUCUUCAGAGUGAAAAAUGUGUACAUAUCUUUGUUAUUUUUGCACAAUUUUUGUCUUCAGUUGUAGGAACAGAGCCUUGAUUUUUUUUUAAAAAAAAAACUAAUUUAUUUUGUGUUGUAUAACUGCAGGAGUUUUAAAGUCUCAGUAACAAAACAUCAUCAGAUUAGUGAACUGCUGUUUUCUACUUCUAGAGGGAAAACAGGGAUGAUGAGAUUCAGUGGCUGCUUCUGAGAAUUAAUGCCACUCAGUGACUGAAGGAGCGAUUCAGUAGUGUUAAGAAUUCCUUAGCUCUUAACAUGUCUCUUAUGUAGGAAGCUGGACUGCGGAGAGUGUUCUUUGCUGCUUAUUUAUGGUAUCCUUUCAUUUUCAGUGGCUUAGGUCUGAAGGUAUUUUGGAAACCUAAGUACCAAGUAAAAAACCCAUACUUUCUUUGUCCCCUGCAUUUUUUUAAAUCACUAGUUAAUUUUGUAUGUGCUAAAAUGUCCAGCCUGAAAAGUGAAAUGCAGUUUUAAAAAAUGGAUAUGAACUGGACCAGCCUGUAAUGUAUUUGUGUAGCAUUCAUUCAACAGUUUUUCUUCCCUCCCUCUCCCAUUUGCCUGAAGACUUUGUGAUUCGUUUCCAGCAAUAGAGGCUCAGAAGCUUUGGUUGUUACACAUACGCAAUGCAUAGGCCCGUCAGCCAUAUUUUAAAAAAAAGCGACUUGGAUAACUUGUAUGCCUUCUUUUGUAUCAAUGUUAACAAUUGUACAUAGUGCUGAUCAACCUUUGUAGAGAAUAGUUUAUACAGCAUAUUCUACAAAUGCUGAUUCUCAGUGAGCUAAUGUUUAAAAGAAAAAAGAAAAUUUUCUAUGUACACCUUAUAUUUUGUUAUGCUGUUGACCCAUGGCACUUUAACAAAACUCUGUGGGUUUUGCAUAGCUGGUCGGUCAUGGGAAAUAUUAACUGUUGCACAGAAAUGAAUUUGCACCUCCUCUAUUGUGCUUUCCUACUACAGAUUUUAGAAUCUUUUUCCAGAAGACUUUUGAAGAAAGCAUGUCCAAUCAUUCUAAAAGAAAAUGCCAUAUGUGUACAGUCAGUUUCUUUUCUAUAAACCCAUGUUUUGUAACACUAGGUAUUUUCGUUUUUUGUUCUGCACCUUUUCUGUAUUAGCAGUAUCAGAAAGAAACCAUUCCAUGCUUGUGAUAAUUGUGUCGAAAGUAGGUGUAAAUAAUAAACUUUAUGGCUUACAGUUUUGGAAAAAAAAAAACAUGUAUCUGACUGAUACUGCCAUGGUUCAACACCAGGCCUGGAGAUAUUCUCUAGUGAGCGAUUGUAUUUCUUUUGUUUUGGGGUUUUAUUUUGUUUUUGCAUUAUUGUUAUUUUUUGUAA